GUUACGAUAUGGAACAUCGGCCUUCUGUCCAACUGCAAAACCAAUGGGUACAAUAAAUCGGCUAGUAAAGCAGAGUUCUGAACCAGAAGCUGACUGGGACGUAAUAGACAACAUUGAAAUAAUAAAAAGUGAUUAUGAAUAUAAUGAAAAGCUACAUUGGAUCUUAAUAAUACGAAUUUUGUCAUAAUGAAACUGGUUUGUUGGUCCAAUGAUGGACACACACUUACACAGAAAAUGAAGCCCGAGGUAGAGGGCAAAGGAAGGCAAAAAGAAUGCGUGACGACAAUUAUAGCACAUCAGAACCGGAGACUAGUCCGAAAUAACAAGUUUAUAUGAAGUUCAAAACCAGCUAUCGGCAAAUAAGACACAAGCGGUGGACAGGGAAGACAAUGAAUUAGACGAUAAUACUAAUAACGAGGACACUUUACAGUACUUUCCAAUUCAAACCAUGGCAGACCUAAAUGUCUUUGAAGAAAAAUUAUCUUCCGAUCAUGUGUUUUGUAAUGCAGUGAUUACUGCUUUGGAGACGCAGUUAGAGAAGUCAUCAGAAAACAAGACGGCUCGUAGUUUUGUUCGUUUAACGAUGGCUCCGGCGCUACUCCAAAAGUUUUCAUGGAAAAGCCAGAAACGAAAGGACAGACUAGAAAAGAAGGCGUUUGUGGAGUUAAAACUCUACCAAUUAAUGCUGGGAGUUUUAAAAAAAAUUUGGAAAAUUUCCAAUGUGCAGAGAGUGGAAGCUAGUGUGUCCAAUUACAUUGCACACUCUCGAAGUCCUAUUCCACCUACAGAAGAAUCAAAUUUCGAGAAGGAAGAUCCUAUGGAGAAUGUGUAAAUAUACCGUGUACAGUUAAAAUUACA